AUGACAUCUCGUCGUGGUUUUAACUGGAAUAAACAAGAAACAGAAAUUUUACUUGGUAUUUGGUGUAAAAAUGAAAUUCAAGAUUCGUUAAAGAAGAGUAUUCAAAAUAAAAAUGUUUUUGAAUUAAUAUCCGAACAAAUGUUAAAAAUGGGCAUUGUACGAUCGGCCGAUCAAUGUCAAACUCGUAUUAAAGGUUUAAGACGAUUAUAUCGUCGAGCAAUUAAAGUUAUCGAAAAUGAAAUUGAUCGUCAACGAAUUUGUCCAUUUUUUGAUCAAUUACAUUCCGUAUUUCGUUUCGAAUUACCAUCGUCAUCAGUCAGUGUUUGUUCUUCGCAAGAAAAUGAAGACGACUGGGAAGAAACGAAUCAAAAUAUUGAAUGUAAUCUGGAUGAACUAACUGUUCAUAAUCAAUUUGUGUCAGCGAUUAGUACAUUUAUUGAUUAUGAAGAGAAGUACGAUGAACGAUGGUACAAUUAUUUGAAUAAAACAGUUGAACUUGAUACGAAACAACAACAAACUGAACAUGAAUAUAAUCUAUCCAUAUUAAAAUUAAUAACGAAAUUAAUUUUAACAAAUAGAAAUUGA